GCAGUCGACCAUCGAACAUCAUCGAGAUCGACCAGCUGGUUAGACAGCAUAAUCCUUCUCUUACGGCCUGUCCUAGCUCUUCUCAAGCUCAACGUCGAUUCUCUCUCGCCAUGGCCAUCAUCACCGCCGCUCGUCCUAGUCUCUUGAGGGUUUGCGGAGCCGCCCCGGCGCUCCGAUCGACCGGACUCUUCGCCCCGGCCUUGUUCAGGCAGGCUCGGAGGUCCAUCCAGACCGAGUCGUUGACCCCGCAAGAGAACUUGGCGUUGCUCAAUGCUCAGAGGACCGUCAGGCCCAACUCGCCUCAUUUGACCAUCUACCAACCUCAGCUCACCUGGGUCCUCUCCUCCCUCAACCGAAUCACCGGGACCGCCCUCUCCGGCCUCCUGUAUGCCGGCGCCCUGACGUUCCUCCUCCACCCCGUCUUCCCCGCCAUCGACAGCGCUCACUUGAUCGAGUUCGUCGCGGGGAUGCCUGGAUGGCUGAAGACGUCGAUCAAGUUUACGUUGGCCGUCCCGUUCACGCUGCAUUCGUGGAACGGGAUCAGGCACUUGAUGUGGGACAUGGGUUACGCCUUGUCCUUGAAGGGAGUGUACGCGACCGGGUACGCCGUACUCGGAUUGACCGCCAUCUCGAGCAUCGGUCUGGCCAUGCUCUAAGCUGGUCGUCUUUGAAUUCGCCUUUCCCAGCCGUGACGAGACUGUCUCUUGUCCGGUAGCCCUGUCCAUUGUCUAUCUAUGAUGAUCUCGCUGUAACCAUACGAUCGAAUAACGAUAAUUACAA